AUGGUAGUAGCGCGCAAAAGCAGAAAACAGGGACGAUGCGAGUGGUGGAGCGCGCAGCGAGGAGUGAUUACCAUAUCGUCACCUCACUCUCUCUCUCGACUCUUCACUCCCUGCACGUUUCUAGCGAGGGAGUUUCAGAAGCCUACAGUCAGCGUCAGCGUCAAUAAGCCAGCCUUUCUCCUCACCAGAGCUCUAAAUAUUCAUUUUCUGCCGCGUUUUUUGUGAAUUUUGUAGUGAAAUUGGUGCAGCAACAAGGUUUGGUUCAUGCAGUCUUUCAGCUCUCUCCUAACCCCAAGGAAGGAGAACAUCUUGCCUCGCAUUCAUGAAUCCCUUUCCUUAAAGAAGCUUGCCGGGUAGAGGAUUUUAGUACGUAUUCAGAAACUCGCAUGGGUGAUUCUUCCUUGUAGAUUGUGAGUGGAAGGGAGAAAAAAGUUCGGUUGAUAAGCUAAACCUUUUUCGUGGCUGGCUUGACCUGCAGUUAUUAUGUUACUGAGGAAACUGGACUCCAUAAUCAUCAAGUGAAACCUGAAAAGAAAUUUAAGCGAACUGCGUAAUCAUCUCGUUAUGUUUCACUGAACAAGAUAAUAUCGUGGUAAGGUGAUCUCUAGUUCUUGAAGAAUCGAGCAACUGUCAAGAUUAUACAUCCCUACGGUGCAGGAAAAAAGGCCUUGAAAAAUCAUUAGCCACACUUAUAUUUUGUAUGCAACUUCUGUCUACAUAAGGUUUGUUUUUCCGUCGAUCUGUUUGCUUAUUUGUCUUUCUUUCCCUCAAUCUGUCUUUCUACGUUCAUUUAUUCACCAUCCAUAUCUUUAUUUUCCUUCUCUAUCACUCAGUCUGUCUGCCUCUCUGCCUGUCUCCUAUUGUCCAUCAACACACCUGUCUUCCUGUGUCUGUCUCUUUGCCCAUCGAUCUCUCUAUCCUCUUCUUUUUUUAUCUGCCAGUUUGCCCGUCUCUCUGUCGGCAUAUUACUCAAUCCGUCUAUCAAUACUUCUGCCUGCCUGCUUAUUUCAUUUCCUUCUCCAUACAGUCUGUCAAUCUUUCUGGCUACCUGUUACUCUAAAAAUCUAUCAGCGCAUCUCCCUGCCUGCAUGUCUCUAGCCUGCAGACUGUUCAGUAUGAGAGCAAUAAUGCUCCUGCCAGCACUCCACACCUUCCUGGCCUUCCUUUCACUGUUUGGCCCCACGAUGAAGGCUGCGUCCGUCCCCUCCAACCAGGAACUCACCGCUAUGAUGCUCGUGGACUAUCUCGAGUUCUUCCACCACCUGAGAGUGUGUCUUCUGGUCUCCGAGGAGCCUGAGCAGCUGUGGGUGAGACAGGCCGUGGUGCGUGUGGCGCGCGCCUCCCACGCCUUCCUGACCGUCCUACGACUCAACGAGGCCAACUCCACCAGGCACCACCAUGGGGAGGGCCGCCGCCACCUGCCCUGUGAGAGGGAUCUCCUGCUGGCUCACCUCACCUCCAGAAGUGACGUGCACCUGUUCGGCCAGGUCUUCGCCAGCCAUGCCCCUGACGCCAGCUGGUUGCUCCUGGUCCCCGCCCCUCAAGUGACGCGGCGCUUAGCCAAUCUUUACCUGCCGCUGCAUAACAGAGUAACAGUGGCAGCUUACUCCCCGGACGUGACUUCUACCAGUGUCUCCCUGCUGCAGUGUUACCACGUCAGCGAGGGAGACACACUCAGGCUGCAGUGGUUCGGCGCCUGGCAUUACGACAGGACUGACAUUCGCAACGCCUUCCACGACCCCUGGAGGAAGACCCGAGUAGAGAAAAACUUGGAUGCGCCUGUGCUGUCUCGUCGCGUGGUGUAUGGCGUGCUGGAAUCCCUCGAGGGCGACCCAGUGUUGAGGCGAAAUAAUCUCCAUGGGAUACACUUGCGAUGUUCGACUAUUUCUUCGCCACCAAGAACCAUCUUGAAACCAGCGAAAGACGGAGCGGUGGACGUCACGGGAAUCUUGGGCAGAGCUUACGAACACAUGAUGCAAGUCGCUAAUUUCACGUCGACGUGCUUCGCCACCAAGGACGGGCAGUGGGGAGGCCUGAGGAAGGACGGGACGUGGACGGGCAUGAUUGGGGACAUCGUGAGCGGCAGGACGGACAUUGCUCUGGCCUCGCUGGACAUCACGCAGGAACGAAGCAAAGCAGUUGACUUCCUCAUGGCGGUUGUGAGGACCGAAUACCUGCUCAUUAUGAAGCGCCCGAGGAAUGACGACCGUAAAUGGAGCACCUUUACAUCGGAGUUUGAGACGCGGGUGUGGGUUGUGUUGGCUGCCUCCCUCCUCGCCGUCACUGCUACCCUCCGCCUUGCCUCCCUGCAGAACCCCCAGCGUCCCCUGCCCCCCAGCGACGCCCUGCUUGUCGUGGUAGGGGGGCUGUGUGGACAAGGUACCAGUGAGGAAUUUCGCACCUUCGCAAGUCACCUGGUUUUCUUGACCCUUCUAAUGCUGCAGGUGCUGGUAACUGCCCACUACACUAGCUACCUGGUCUCGUCUAUGGCUGUGGGUCCCCCGUUGCCCACAGUGUCUACCAUUGCAGACAUCAGCAGACACCCACGGCUUAGACUCAACUUCAUCAGAGGCUCCUCCAUCACAGAGUAUUUCAGGACCUCCCGCAGCCAGGAGCAUCAGGAAGCGUGGGAAAACAUGCAGGAGGAUGAUUUUGUGGAGUCUCGAGAGGAGGGGACGGCGAGGGUGCUGCGUGGCCCUUACGUCUUCCUGGAGGCGGGGGCGUACCUCAACAAGCGCUAUGGGGCGGACUGUCGGUAUUUUAUCCUCCCCACGCCUAAUUUUCCCUCCUUAAGCGCCUUCGCCGUCAGGAAAGGCUCUCCAUUCAUCCCCAUCCUUAAUAAUAUAAUCCUAAAGAUGAAAUCGACAGGACUAAUGAAAAAAUGGCACUGGGAGGCGACGCCCAAGCCAGUGGACUGCUCUGACCUCGAGUUCCUUCCCGUAGAGGCAAGUGUGGUGGUGACGGCCUUCCUCUUGCUGGCGUCAGGAGCGUCUCUCUCCCUUUUGUUCCUAGCAUGGGAGAGGAACAGAUACGGGGAAAAAAGAGAAAGUAAAAUUGUGCCAAGGAGGAAGGAUGGCAAGAUCACUCACAAAGGAGAAAUGUAACAACGAAGACAACAAGAUCGCGUUGUCUCGGUGACUCCAGAUUCGUGGAGCUUAGAAAAUUUUACCUAUGUUAUAUACGUUGUGUGUCGCUGGGCUCAAAAUUUAGCCACUCCAUGUAAAUAGUUGGCUUUCGGUCACACACACACAGAGAAGGCCCGGGUUCGAGUCACAGGGGCGGCGAGUCAAAUGGGCUAGCCUCUUAACGUGUAGCCCCUAGCAGCAAGCAGGAUGUAUCCUGAGAGGUUGUGAUCUCGCUGUCUUUAUGUGCAAUGUGCGAGUGGUCUCAGUCCUACCCAUAGAUCGGUCACUAUAAGCUCGAUCUCCUUCCGUUGGGGAGGGGCUGGUUGGGUGACCAGCAGACGACCGUAGGUGAAUGACACACACACAGACACAUACACAUACUCAGUCUAAUUAUAAUCCACGUAUCAUCAAUAGAUCGACAGAAAAAUAAAUACAUACAUAUACAUAUUAUACAAACCUACAUUUCUGUUUUCGUCCCCACAUCGACCCUCGUUAACAAACACGUGAAGGCAGGAAGAGGAGGCUGCCACAGACAAUGUUCGGGGGAAGGCGGAGGUAAGCAAAGCUACUCUCAUUUGUUGGGGCCGGACGCGCUUUGGCUACGGGCGGUCCUGACUACACCCGUCGGAUCCCCCGCAGAGAAAGUUGACUUUACAAGCCUCUACCUUAGGGCACACUAUGUAUUUAUAGAUAGCCCCGGAAAAGACUAGAAUUCAGAGAGAGACAUGACGGCAUCCCAGCCAAGAACGCUCUCACGAUUAGUUUCAGUAAUUUCGCACGAGUCCUUAUGGGAGUUUUAAAAUUGCGAAAUUGUCAGAAAUUUACUCGUGUGAAAGCGCUUCGGCAGAGGAGCGUCAGAAACUCACCCCGCCUGCUCAGAGUCCGGGGUGCUACUGAGACGACAGCAAGAGUCGAGGGUAGAGGGUCGAGGAUCACGAGCUGCUUUAGUGCCACGAAACUAAUUUGAUCGCGCGUUCGCUUAUUUAGUGAUAAAGCAGUUUUCUGAAAUUUAAUGAAAUGUUAUUUCCUUUAUCUUCCUUGGUGAUAACUUCUAUAAUAAAAUACCCACUAUUAGUCUCACUUUGCAUACUAUGAUACAGCUUGUCAUUAUCGUCGUCUCGAAUAACGCAUCCAGACUCGCGGGAUCUCUGGUUCCAUCUUAGAACUGCCAGCAGCUGCUCAGCACGAUGACGUAAAUGUACCAAAUUGUAUUUCGUUUCGAACCACAGCGUAACUAAUUUUGUCCAUCUAAAUAAUGGCAGUAAACAUUGUUUUGUAA